GUAUAGAUGACGUUUACAGAUAUUUAACAAAAAUGAGUUUGGAACAAAGAGAUUGGAGAUUCUUGUCAGAAAUGUGGAUAUACAAAUAGUUUUGAAUACAUUUAUUGUGUGUAUAUAAUAAGAGUCAUCAAUUAUGACACUUUUAUUAGUGAAUUUGACCGAUAGCACGGAUAUUUACGACUGGUGAUUUCCUAGCUGAGAUCCUUGUUGACAAUUCUUCAAAUAAAAAUAUGUUUAGUCCCAUACAAAUAAAACAUGAAUGUACAACUGUAGAAGAUGUAAAUACCAAUAAUAGAAUCAGGACUUCAGAUAAUUCAAUAUAUCCUUUUAUCAAUCAAGAUGUUGAAUACAAACACCGUCAGUUAUCUCAAUUUUGGGAGCAAACACAAUUAUCGAAUGAGACACCUACAAAAAAUGAAGUUCAUGAUCAACACACUAUGUUCCAGGCAGAAGAUACUGGGAGCUUACCAUAUAUGAAGAAUUAUGCGCAAAAUAAUGUAUUCUAUCAAGUUAAUCAAGAAGAUGGCAACAAUCAAAUACAGACAAAUAAUCAAUGUCUCCAGAGUACAAACAGUGUUGUCAUAGUAGAGAAUAAACAAUCACAAUUAUCACAAGAUUUGCAAAAUGUAGGAAAUAUUAAUCAGACAUUAGCAACACAAGCAUCAAUUGUAAAAAAUAAUCGUCUUGGGAGACCAUCAAAAAGCUCCACAGAAUCUAAUAUGGGAAAAAAAUCGAAAUGUCAAUGUGAGAUUUGCUUUAAAGAAUUUGGACACAAGAGCAAUUUAUUUAUACACAUGAGAACUCAUAAUGGGGAACGACCAUAUAAAUGUAAUCAAUGUGAAAAGUGUUUUACGCACAGUGGAAAUUUGGCUAUUCAUAUGAGAACACAUUCUGGUGAACGACCAUAUGGUUGUCAGAUAUGUGGUAAAAUGUUCAGUCAUAGUGGUAAUCUUUCUACUCAUUUGAGAACUCAUUCAGGUGUGAAACCUUACAAAUGUAGCGUGUGUGGUAAAGAAUUUAGACAUAGCGGCAACUUAUCAAUACAUGAGAGAAUACAUUCCGGAGUUAAACCAUUUCAAUGUAAAAUCUGUGGGAAGGAAUUCUAUCAUAGCGGUAAUUUGACAACUCAUAUGAAGAAACAUCCUGUAAAUACAAACACAAAUGCAAUUGACUGUGAAAAUGAGCAGAAGCAUAUAUUACAUCCUGAGAUAGAUGUUAACAAUACUGCUUCUUCAAAUUAUUUUAAUAAUGUAUCUUUAAUGCUCAAUGAUGACAUUAAAUCUAUACACAAUACUAAUAAUGUGGUUCCUAUAAAAAAUGAAAGUACAGAGGAUACUGUAUUAAACACUGUAGGAUGAUUAGUAUUCUAGUUGAAGUUAAAUAGUAUUAAUAAUAUUAUAUACAAGUAUA